CGUUGUGCCUGUAAUUAAUGAGAUAAUCUCUUAUCGAUUGUCAAGCUUGAUGGCCUCCACAGGGACCAAUAUAUCUCUGCAUUUUCAAACUCCAUUGUUCAGUUUUUCAGAAAGUUGUGUAGCGCUCGAGUUGAGAGCUUCCAGCAACCCAGGGGAUUGAUUCGACUCCAGCGAGAUCGCGUGGUGGCUUUUAGUGGAUUUAGAGGAGAGGCAGAUAACAACCAUGGCAGGUUGUGUUUAUUUGUUCGUCUUUUUCAUAU